GAAUUUAACUUUCAAAUUUAUAGAGACCAAUCAGUGCGAUUUGUUUUGUAUCAUCCAAAUUCACUAAUUUUCAUUUAAAAGCUUGAAAAUUGAUGAAUUUGGACCAAACCGUUUUCGAAAACGAGUUUAUCGUUUUAUCUGUGAUUUUAUCAAUUAAUAAACCUUUUAAUUAACUUAAUUCCAAUAUUUUGACCUUUAUCUUUUUAGACAAAUCAAUGAAUUUCGAUCUUUUUAGUUCUCAUUUGGUUCAUUCGCCAUCUCCAUCUCUUGAUGUCAACAUGUCCUUUUAUUGUGAAUCUCCAGCAGCAAUAAUCAACAAUCAAGUUCAUUUGAUACCAGAAAAUCAUCAUAAUAGAAACCGAGUCAACAAUUUAACUUAUCGAGAUCCAAUGUACUCAUCAAUUCCAGCAAUUCCCUCAAUUCUUAAUCGUCCAGUGAAUAAUCAAAGUACAAAUUGUUUACCUUACAAUCACCAUCAUCAUCAUCACCCUCAUCUAAACGUAUCAACAUCGCCAUUAGUUUAUAAUCAACAACAAAGAUUUCAACAUCAUCUUAAUCAUCCUAAUCAAUAUUACAAUCUAAAUUAUCAAUCAUAUCAACAGCAACAACAACAACAACAACAAACACCACAGCAAUAUCAUCCUCAUCAUCCUCAUCAUCUUCAUCGUCCACAUCAGUAUCCUAAACAAUUUGGUGACAAUGAUAAUUUUCAAAUUUAUCACAACAUAAAUCAGCAACAAUUUAAUUACAAUGAAUCACCAAUGGACGCAAAUAAUUUGGGAAUCAAUUGUGUUCAAGUUGAGAAAACGGUUCAAGUGCUGAAGCUCCAAUUAACUCAGUGGUAACCGAUGAUGGCCAGAAAGUUGUAUCGUCAUCAUCAUCAUCAUCUAAUCAGAAUGCUUUAUCAGUUUAUAAUCAACAGCCCAAACAUCAACAACAUCAAUGCAGUAAAGGAAAUUUCUCAUAUUCUGAUUUCCAUUAUCAAAUAACACAAUCGGCAACAGGAAACUCUGACGGCAAUCAUAAGAAUGACAGUUACAACAUUUCGACGAUCAAUAACAAUCAACGGGAAUAUACUAUUGGUUGUAAUAACAACAAUAAUGAUCGAGCGCCAGCAUCGAACUGCACCCCAAAUGAUGAUGAAAUCGAUGAAUUUCCUAAAGAAGUUUUUGAGAUGAUCGAAAAGUUUAUCGAAAAGUACUCCUUGGUUAUAUGAUUGUCCUCAAAAUAACCACCACAUUAAUCUCAAACUCUGGUUACAAUAAAGAUGAAAAAAUUUUAAGCAUUAAA